AUGGACUACGGCAGUCCGGAUUACUAUGGCUUCAGCAAGGCAUUUAAGAUGAAGGAUUUCGGUGCAGUGAAAACGUGCUUGGGUAUCGAAUUCAAACAGGAUAAGAAGAAACGUGAAGUUUUCAUUUCUCAAGAAAAGUAUAUCAACGCUGUACUUAAGAGAUUUGGAAUGAGUGAAUUUACAUCACGACCAGAUAUAGCAUAUGCGGUAAAUUUCAUGAGUCAGUUCAACUCAUGUUACACGGUCGACCACUGGAAAGCAGCGAAACGCAUCCUUCGGUACCUAAGCGGUACAAAGACGGUUGGACUUCUCUUCAAGCAGACGGGAGAUGAUCUAUAUGGUGUGGUCGACGCUGAUUGGGGAGGAAACUUGACAGAUCGACGUUCCUACUCCGGUCAAGCAUUUGUAUUGGCAGGCGCCGCCAUAAGUUGGGAGGCGCGCAAGCAACGUACUGUUGCAUUAUCAAGCACAGAAUCGGAGUAUUUAGCCAUGUCCGAGGCAGUGAAGGAAGCUUUAUACUUGAAGGCGCUUUUGAACAGGAUUGGUCUAAAGUUUAAGUGCGUGAGCAUCUUCAAUGACAAUGAAAGCGCUAAGCACUUGGUCAAAGGUUUUGGAUUCCAUCCUCGCACAAAACACAUAGACGUGCGGCACCACUUUAUCCAGGAGUAUAUGUGGAGUAUAUGCAGACAGAGCGUAUGCCCGCAGAUGUUCUAA